UAGCGUUAUCUCUGUUGAACUACCCAUCGAGUGAGGGACAUUUCUAUAGCUCACACACUAAUCUCUAUCCUUUUUCCGCCAUGGCUUUCUCUGCAUCUCUUUCGCACAACUCUUUCUCAUGCCUCACUCAGUUCCCGCAAAGUUUUAGAAGAAACCCACUUCGUUUUAAUCCCAUUCGAGCCCUAAAAUCCACUGAUCCGGAGAAUAAGGCAUCGGAGACCAAAACCCAGCAGCCCCCCAUGGCUGAACCUUCAACUUCAAGCUCCCCCGCCGCCUCUCCCAAGGUUCUAAAGAAGCCCGUCUAUUCGAUGAAGAAGGGUCAGAUUGUGCGAGUUGAUAAAGAGAAGUAUCUUAAUAGCGUUAAUUAUCUAUCUGUUGGGCAUCCACCUUAUUACAAGGGCUUGGAUUAUAUUUACGAAGACCGUGGCGAGGUAUUAGAUAUUCGCAUUUUCGAGACGGGGGAGUAUGCACUUAUUGCAUGGGUUGGUGUCCCAACUGCACCAGCAUGGCUGCCGACUGACAUGCUUAUAAAGUCGGAGAAACUCAACUACGAAAGACUGUAAUCACAGCUUUGAAUCAAGGAUGCCUCAAAGGUUUAUUCCUCAUGUUUCUGUAAAGAUUUGUAGUUAAAACUACAUAUUUUACACAUAUAUUGAUCUAUAGAAACCUCCUGAAUAGAUAUCUGUUUUGAAUGCCUGAUCCAAGUUGAUGAUAGCAGAGCUA